AUGGAGAAGAAGAGCAUUCAUGACAUCCUCCCUCUUAAUUUGAUUCGCAGUAUCUUACUGAGAGUGCCGGCCAGCCAUCUCUUUCGCCUCAGAUCCGUUUUGAAGCUGUGGCACUCUCUGAUUUCCGAUCCACACUUUGCUGAAUUGCAUUUUCACCACUCUCCCGCUUCCACCAAUGCAUUAGCACUGGUAUUUAGUGACGACAAUGAUGCAUCACACGUGAAAGAGGUGUGUACCCCUUACACGACGAAACCACCUUCUCAUUUUGAGGUCCUGGGAUCCUGCAGAGGCUUUGUUCUCUUGUAUCGUCACCCUCAAUGUUUAGUGGUAUGGAACCCACUGACUGGAUCCAGCAGAAGAAUAUCUUACUCUGGUAUUGAUUCUCCUAUCUACAAUGACUUUAGGCUUCCCGAGAGUGCCCGUCUGUAUGGAUUUGGAUAUGAUGCAUCCCGGGAUGAUUACUUAGUUGUUGUAGCUUUGAGCCAGCGGCAAGGACAAGAUCACUUGGAUUGCUUGUCCUUGAAAACCAAUUCCUGGAUUCAUCUUGAUGCUGCACUCCCCAAACCCUUGCAUGUUUUUAACGACACGUCUGCUGGGUUGUUCUUGAAUGGUGCUAUUCAUUGGGUACCUUUGCCUAUUAAAGAUCCCAGGGAUGCUAUUCUUAUCUUUUAUUUGAAGGAAAGGACUUUUUCAACCAUGUCUGAGCCUGAACUGGCAUGCUCCUAUGAGUCCUAUCCAGGUCUUGCCCUACUAGGGGGAUGCCUAGCCUUGUAUUAUCACAGUCGUGAUAGCUGUAGCACUGACAUAUGGUUGAUGAAAGAAUAUAAAGUGCACUCAUCUUGGACUCUUUAUCAGAUUCCUUGCCUUUUCUUUCAGCCUCUGCACUUGUCCAAUAAUGGUGAUAUUAUUGGAGAAAUAAUUCUUUCGGAUAAAAUAGAAAAGAAAAAGUUUCUCAUGUAUAAUGUGGGAGGAGAGCUGCUCCCACGUGUUAAAUAUCUUUGUUCUGCGCAUAACAUCAGUGGAACCGAUACUAUGUAUACAGAGAGUCUCUUGCCACUCCCUAGAGACAUUAAGGAUAAGGAUAAUAAGAACAGGAAGAGGAAGGGAAACGGCCAUGAAUCUCUCCGUGAUUGUUUUGAACAAAAUGUUGCUAAAGAUUAG